AACACCCAACUGAUCGAGCUCACAAGAACAGACAAGAUCCGAAACGAUGCAGACAUCUUCUACAGCCUCCAUCUUUCUGUCCCUUUCUUCACUGCUUCUUCUCUUCUCGUCCAAUUCAUGGGCUAAAUCACCCCACACUACUCACCACGAUCAUUUCCGCCGCUGUCUGAUCCGAUUCUCCAAAAACUCUAGUUUCUCCGACGAUGUUUUCACGCCGGAAAAUCCCUCGUUCUUGCCCAUCCUACAAUUCCCCAUCCAGAACCUCCGGUUCAACAGGACCAACACCCCACGGCCGCGGAUCAUAGUCACGCCCCGCCAGGAGUCCGAGGUGCAAGCGGUCGUGCAUUGCGCCAAGAAACAUGGGAUCCAGCUUCGAGCCCGAGGCGGCGGCCAUGACUACGAAGGGCUAUCCUACACUACGGAUUUCGAGAACCCGUUUCUGGUACUGGAUCUCGCCCAGCUGAGGAGCAUCACGGUCGAUGCGGAGGCGAAAACGGCGUGGGUCGGGGCGGGAUCCACCAUCGGAGAAGUGUAUUAUCACGUUUCGGAGAAGAGUAAAAAGCUGGGGUUUCCGGCCGGCGUUUGCCCCACGGUGGGAGUCGGCGGGCACUUUACCGGCGGAGGGUACGGUGUUUUGCUGAGAAAAUAUGGGCUGUCGGCGGAUAACAUCAUCGAUGCCCGCCUGGUUGAUGCGAAGGGAAGGAUUCUUGACCGGAAAGCCAUGGGGAAGAAUCUGUUCUGGGCGAUUAGAGGGGGUGGAGGGAAUAGCUUCGGAGUGGUUCUUGCAUGGAAGAUACGUUUAGUUGAUGUACCAGAAACCGUCACGGUUUUCACCAUCAACAAGACUCUGGACCAAAACGCCCCAGCACUGGUACACAAAUGGCAGUCUAUUGCGCACAAAUUCCCUAAAGAUUUGUUCAUCAGACUCAUCUUAAAAAGAGUAAACUCCACCACCACCAAAACUCAUCACACCGUUCAAGCCUCCUUCAACUCCCUCUAUCUCGGCCGGACUAACCGAUUGCUCCAUAUCGUCCAAAAAAGGUUCCCAGAGCUCGGGCUAACAAAGAAAGAUUGCAAGGAAAUGACCUGGGUGGAAUCCUGUCUAUACUUUGGAGGAUUCCCAAUCGGAACACCCACAAACGCUUUGCAACGCAGGGUUCAAUUAUCCAAGGUGCGCUACUUCAAAGCAAAAUCCGAUUACGUGAAAAAGCCAAUCCCCAUGGAAGGCCUAAAAGGGAUCUGGGAAUUCCUCCUCCAAGACGAAGCCGAUUUGGCCGAGCUGAUCUUGAACCCAUACGGGGGAAGAAUGGAUGAGAUUUCCGAGUCAUCACUCCCAUUCCCUCACAGACAUGGGAAUCUGUUCAAAAUCCAGUACCUAGCAUACUGGAAUCAUGAUGACAGUAAAGCUUCCGAGACUGAGAGGCACAUAAAUUGGAUAAGAAAGCUGUAUGCCUACACAGCUUCCUAUGUUUCCAAGAACCCAAGAGAAGCGUACGUGAAUUACAGGGAUCUUGACUUAGGGAUAAACGAGGAAGGCAACACAAGCUAUGCACAAGCCCGGAAAUGGGGGAUAAGGUAUUUCAAGAACAAUUUUGACAGGUUGGUUUCUGUGAAGACGAAGGUUGAUCCCACCAACUUCUUCAGGAAUGAGCAAAGCGUUCCUCCACUUGCACACUCGUCGUGACUGUGCAGUGGAAGAUCAGAGAGAGGCCAGGCUUCAUUCUUGCGAAAGAUGAAAACCGCAUGCAUGUUAUAAUAAGGCACCGUUGAAUAUAAUAUCCAUGAUUUAAAUAAGUUACUCCCCUCAGUUAUAUUAUAUUGUUGCAUUAUUGUAUUUCAAGGACUUUUCCAUUACGUGUAUGUGAAGUCUUUUCCUCAUUGUUUGUUCACACUAAAUAUAUGCUUACUAUACAUUGGAGUUUGUACGAUUAUGGUCCUGGUUGGU